AUGUGGAAGCCUAACAAAAAAGAAUUUACAAUUGUUCGUUUGAUUUGGGUACCACCAUUUACAGGAGAACUAUUUUAUCUACGGAUGAUGUUGACGAUGAUCAAGGGACCUACGAGUUAUGAGGAAAUACGAAAGGCUGGCGAUACACAGUACGAAUCAUUUAGGGAUGCAUGUUUUGCUAUGGGUUUCCUUGAGGAUGACAGGAAAUGCAUUAUGGUUAUUAAAGAAGCCAGUGAAUGGGGGUCAGGUCAUUUUCUUAGAAAGCUAUUUAUGGUCAUGCUUAUGUUAGGAAAUAUGAACAGGCAUACUCAUGUCUGGAAGGAGUCGUGGGUUAUACUUUCUGACGGAUUGUUGCACCGGCAGAGGCAGUUGGUACAAAACAAAGACCUGCUUUUGAGUGACGCACAACUGCAGAAUCUUACAUUGGUUGAGAUUGAAUAA